CCUACAUAAAAAGAUCUGCUGAAGGACAAGAGCUAAUAAAAAGGAUUAAAUUCAGGAUCUUUCAAAAGCAAUCAAAUUUUUAAAAUUUUGGUUUGAUACCUUAGGUAACUUAAAUUAACAAAUAGAAAUGAUGUGAUAAUUUCUUGGAAAAAAUGCUAAUCUUUAUUUGUUAUCAAUAUUAUUUACUUCAAUAAAUCUUUUUUUUUACUCUAAAUUAAAAAUUAUAAUUUAUGUAUACUUUAUUUUCUCUUAGCCAUUUUUCACAAGAAAUUAAUGUUAAAAAUGCUCAAUGAUAUAUUAAAGUAUCAAAUAGUCUCUGCCAAUGCCAUAUUUAGUAUGAUCUAUUGUUGUCUUUUAACUGUCGUUCUUUAAUUUUUACUCUUACAUGAUAUAUUAUGUGAGUUUGUGUUAAAACUUAGAAAUAUUUAAAUGGAAAUAAUGGGAUUAUGAUUAAGUAAUUUCAAUGUAUGGCUAAAGUCUGGCACAAAAAUAUUGGCUGAGGAUUUCAAAGCUCAUCUUGCACAUUGGGAUGGCAGAACAACUUCCUUUCUUGUUGAUCAGAGUAGACUGUUUAGUGGACAUCUUAUUGGUAACCAUUAAAAUUUGCUUUCUUUUUUUGUUGAUUUUUCAAAUAAUUCAUCAGUUAGUUUGACUUACUAAUAUAUAAUAAUAAUAAUAAUAAUAAAGUUUAUUUGAAAAACAUGCUUCAUCCCCAAAAGCUCGAAGUGUGGUACAAAGUCAACCAUAUUAUAAAGAGAAAUAAAAACAAUCUAAAUUUUACCACAUUUAAAAAACAGACGCAGCAAUAUAAAACUACAUACGAGCAUACCAAGUCAAAGUCUUUCAUCCCGUUUCAACCAUAAGCAACACAGGCCAAUAUACAUAAACAUCUAAUAUAACAUCGUGUUGUUAAAGAUCAUUUAGUUUGUUCUUAAAGAUUGCUUAGUUUUUGUUUAAAGAUCUUUUAGUUUGUUAUUAAUGAUCACUUUAUUUGGUUGCUUAGUUUGUUCUUAAAGAUCGCUUAGUUUUUGUUUAAAGAUCUUUUAGUUUGUUAUUAAAGAUCAUUUAGUUUGUUCAAAAAAGAUCGCUAAGUUUUUUCUUAAAGAUCCCCAAGUUUAUGUUAUUAAAAGAUUGUUUAGUUUGUUCAUAAAGAUGGCUAAGUUUCUUCUUAAAGAUCAUUGAUUUUGUUUUUUAAAAUUAGAGAUCACUUUAUUUGUUUUUAAAGAUCACUUUAUGCAACAUCGUCUUCUUGUUUGACCUUGCUUCUUGCCCUAGUUUUGCUUGCGAAUUAUAAAUAUAUAUGUAUGUUAUAUUAUACUUUUAAUUACAAACAUGAUUAUUGAUGUGAUGUAAGCUCAUAAACUUGACAUAAUUGCCACUCAGUCUUUAAACUAAAUGCAGAUUUUUUUUUUUUUUUUUUUUUUUUUUCCAAAGCCUGCCUUUAACCUUCUACAAAUUUUUUUUUUUUUUUUUUUUUUUUUUUUUUUUUUUUUUUUUUUUUUUUUUUUUUUUUUUUUUUUUUUUUUUUUUUUUUUUUUUUUUUUUUUUUUUUUUUUUUUUUUUUUUUUUUUUUUUUUUUUUUCCAAAGCCUGCCUUGAACCUUCUACAAAGAUCUGAGAAUCUCAACAAUGACACCUUGAUUGCAUACAGGGGGGUCUCAUCUAACAGAUAGUGGAAGCAAAUGGUAAAUACAUGCCAAUACGUGUCAAAUUCUUCUCAAAUAUUACUCAUUUCAAAGUUGGUUGCAGCAGGUGUAUUUAACCCUCGAACUGUGGCAUGCAUUAUUCUGUGGUGUGGAGCUUUUCAGAGCAUUUUGUGUGACAUUUGAAAUUGCAUUAAAUGACAUAGAAAUAUUGAUACAAUACCCCAAUAAGUAUAUAUUUUUAGAAAGGUAAAUGGAUGGGGAUAAAGUUGGCCAUAUUGCCCACCCUGUAAAAAAAAUUUGCUCAGUGUCCUUGACCUUGGAAUUCUCAAGAAAAUAAAAUCAACAAAAUGUCUUGUUUUCAAGUGCUCAUUACAUCCAUUUUUAAAGAUACACUUAAAACACAAAUUUAAUGUUGUGGCCAAUUCAUUUAUCUUUCAGAAAAUGUAGAGUUUGCUAAGGUUUUGAUUGUAAUUAAACACUGAAAGCAAUCAAUUUUAAGUCAUUUAUAUAAGAAACUGGGGACCACCGCUAAUACCAAGUACAAGAUACAAAAUCUCAGGCAAAAUAGUUAAACAUUUAAAAAGGCACUGUGGAACUGAUUUGGUUUGUUUAACUAUAAAAUUUAUUAGUUCUGAACUAUACCCUGUAGCUUCUGUGACUAAAAUUCAGUCAGUCCUUGCCCAACCUCCGAGCCUGGCUCGAAGUCACAGUAGCCUCAGUAGGCCUACUUCAGUAUUACUAAAACUAGUAAAAAAUUCAGGAAAAGAAUAAUCUCAACUGAUAUCAUCAUGAGGAAUGUUAAAAUCAACAUCAUUAUCACUUAAAACCUCUCCUAAAAAGCUUUCAAACUAUUUCUAUUAGUUCUUGCACUGGAGACCCAGCCAUAGUGUCAUCCAUUUUAGCUUUAAAAAAAACAGCUAUUCAAAACUCUGAUUAAAAAGUAUUUAUUUUCCCGUUACCACGAAACAGCUUGAACUGGAAGAUGAUUUAACUAUUAAUAAAAGGAAGUGGCUAUAAUUCCGGCUAAACAUUGGAUUGGAAGUUGCUUUCAGACAGUGUUUUUUAUCUGCCGAUUUUUUCGGCCGCCACAGUACAGAACGAGAAUGUCAGCCGUUUUUUUUCGGCCGACCACAGUUCGUGGGUUAAGCCAAAUUGAUAUUGGAAAUAUUAAAAUAUUACAUUUCUUUACAACAUACAUUAUGUAAUUAUUAAUUUUUUGUUGUGAUUAUAGAAAAUUACUUUAUAAAUCUAUUUAUUAUAACCAAUGAUGCUGCAAAAUCUUAUAUGGAGAUUCACGCUGUUUGAAACGCUGCAUCCUGUUAAAAAAAAAUUUUCUUUAUCUUUAAACUCAAAAAUAUAAUACUGGAAUAUCAUCACACUAUAUAAUGAGAAUUAUAUGUGCUGCUACAGAAGUUUCCAACAUACUUUGGGUGUCUGCCUACUUAUCCAAUCAAAAAUAAUUUAAUUUACAAACUUGAGGAUAAGUACCGCUUUAGUUUUGGAAGCUAAAAGUGAAAUGUUUCUCAUGCAUCUUGUGUCCCAUUUCACUAAACAAUCUGAAUGAGAAGCACUGUCUAGUACAAAAGAACGCCCAUCCUUAGUGGUGCAAGACAUCCAAUGAUCUUCAAAAGUAUAUAUAUAUUUGUCAUUUUUAUAAAUAUCUUAAUUGCAUUUGAUAAAGUUUGUAUUAAUCUAUAUAUUUUAUAUUUCUGCUCAUGCCCAUCCUCAGUGGUGCUAAACAUCCAGUGGUUUCAAAUAAAGAUGACGGUUUUCAGUUUCAUUACAAUUUAAGCUAUGAUCCUCUGUCGACACAGUUUAAAUUUUUUUAUUUAUUUUUUUUUCUAUUUGUUUGUGUUUAGCUCCAUUUUAUGUCAUCCAGAACUCAUUAAUUCAGAGGUGGCAAUAAAAUUAAUUUUUUUCUGAAGCAUUAAACAAUUGUUUGCAACUAUGAAUUUGAUUUGCUUUAUUUUUUUUUUUUAGAACACAACGAGAACAAAAAUACAUUACAUUGAAGAUUGCGGCUGCUUACUUGAAUUGCAAAUAAUUAUAUUUUAUGUGAACAGCUCUUCUUCAACUUGGGUGGCUUUCUUUUUUUUUUUUUUUUUCUUUUUUUUUUUUACUCAAGAUUUACCUGGUUGCUAAAGAUACCUGCCUUUCUUUUGUUAAUAAUUCCAUACCAUAAGGCUACUUACACUUUGCUUUAUUUAUUUUUUUUAGAACACGAGGAAGAAAAAACUUUACAUUGAAGAUUGCGGCUGCUUACUUGAAUUGCAAAUAAUUAUAUUUUAUGUGAACAGCUCUUCUUCAACUUGGGUGGCUUUUUUUUUUUUUUUUUUUUUUUUUUUUUUUUUUUUUUUUUUUUUUUUUUUUUUUUUUUUUUUUUUUUUUUUUUUUUUUUUUACUCAAGAUUUACCUGGUUGCUAAAGAUACCUGCCUUUCUUUUGUUAAUAAUUCCAUACCAGAAGGCUACUUACACUUUUGAACCAUCUUACUCUUAGCUGAUAAGGUAACCAGAAUUCUAUGGUGUGGACAAAGAGAAAUUAUAAUUAGUUUAUGUUUAUGCAGAUAGCCACAUUAGACGAAAGAAGGCAGAACAAGACAACACCUGUCUGAUCUACCUUGUUGGAGACUAUGACUUGUUUAAAGGGAGAUGUGGAAAAAAUUAUGUAACAUGUUCUUCACUGCUGGUAGGUGUAAGGCACAUAAAGAAAACUGCAAUAACUUAAAUUAAAAAUAGAGGCAUUUAGCAACUUAUUCCAUUCUUAACCUCUAGUUUACAUUUUUGGGGGCAUUUAAAGCUUUAAAGUUUGGAUCACUUUUUAAUAUCUUGCCACUAAAUUUUAUAGAUAAAUAAGUAGUGGUAACAUGAAUUAAACAUUAUAUUUUCUCAAAUGUAUAGAAACUAUGUAACUUUUUUAAGUUCAAGUUUAUGUGGAUAGCAAGAAAGUUCUUCGAAUUUCAAAUGAAUACUAACUUUAAUGACAAUCAGACCUUCUAGUAGUAUGUCAAUUCUAUGAAUUGAUUUUCUUAUUUUUGUAUAAUACCCGGUAUUGGUAAUGAAUGUUUAAACUAAAUACUAUUUGGGAAGUAGGCAUACUUGGACAUUUGGGUUAUUGUUCUAAAUCCAGUUAUACCUACAUAUUAAUUGUUGCAUAUCCUUACUGUAAUCCAGAUAAGAUAGUUUUCAGUUCUGUAUCAAACAAUUUGGCUCUUCAGUUUUUACAGAUAGGAUUUGUGUUAAAGACAAUAUAAAUAUUACUGCUGUCUUUCCCAGAUCAGCUUUAUACACAACGCAGAUAAUAUUUACAGCAGGUCCUAUUUCUAUGGACAUAUCAAUCAACGAAUACCAGGAUUAAGGAUACAAGUAGGAAUGGUAAGCACAACACUGGUGUGUGAAACAAAGCAAAAUACUUAAAAAAUAAGAAUCAUAAAAACACACUUUAAUAAAAGAAAUAAUACCUUCAGAUCAGAUAACAUUUUGAUGUAAUUUCACUAAACAUCAAAAAGUAAAUUUUUUAAAAUGUUUAAAAUAUUUUAAAAUGUGUUGUAAAUGUUGAGAAAAAUAUUUAAAAAUUUCCAGGGAUUUUAUUUUACCUAUUUUAUCAGUAAUAUGAAACCAGGGUGACAUUUUUAAAAAAAAAAACAUAAUUUCAUUUGGCUCUCCCUUCUUUGAUUUUCAUACACUUCAGUGUAACAGACCUGUUUACUCUUACAAUUUUGGCACGCAAUGUACCAUUUUGAGAUGUAUUUUACGAUUGCAUGCAACAGGGGGCGAGGUGUAAAAUUUGACUUUGUGGGUAUGUUUUAUAAAGAUGGCCCCUCCUCGCAUUUUCGUUGCUAUCUGGCGUAAUUUUAUGAUAUAAUUAUGUCUUACGGCUGAACGGCGGCAAGAAAACAGAGAAUGCAUUCUCAGCUGGUCCGCGCAGCAAUAUUAGAUUUUGACGUAUUUUAUAGGAUCUAAAGGGGGCUGUUGAAAUCUAUAAUUGGAAUGCACAAAACAGCUGUAUAAUUUUCAAUAUCCCCUACUCCCUUUACCCAUUGGCAAUCAUCUACUUUUUAUCUUCAGUUCCCUAUUUUUAGGAGAGCUUAAUUUGGUCCCAUUAGACUUGUCAUGCGAGUAGUUAUAGGUUUUAUAUAUUGUAUGUUUAUUUAUAAUUUACUAUUAGGAUACUGUAUUGUACGAUUUUAUGAUGAUAUUGUACGAUUUUAGGAGUUUACAGGUAAACAGGUCUGGUGUAAUGAAGAUUUUUGGAUUGUCUCUAUGCCUUGUUUAGAUUUCUGAAUUUUGUUCACACUUAAAAAAGACUACAUUUAACCAGUGGCCAUAGAAAUAAAGGACAGCCAACCAUUUUACUAUCUAUCUUCUUUUUUUAGUUUGAUUCGAUGAGGAUCACUUUAUUCAAAUCGUCAAAUUGGUUCUGGGGCUAAUUGUGUCUGUGGGUGCGCAAAUAGCUGGUGAGACUCAUUCUGGCACAAAAUUUUCUUCAGGUGCAAUAGUAACUUGGGCUUUUCUGGACUUUCAGGGUGUCUUUAACCAUUUCAUGUCAUCACCUGCUUAGUAAGAACUGCAUUAAAUUGGUAUAGAUGCUGGGCAGACCUGCCUGUAUGAGAACCUCAAUUUUACCUUAUCCUACCAUUAGGAUUUCUCUGAGGCUUGUUUUGUGAAAUAAGCUCAGCUUUCGAGCAUGGUAGUCAUAGACAAUGCAUAGCUUCUCAAUAACUUCAUUCGUACUAUCUGCUGAUGUACCAAACUGAGUUUUUUUUUAAAUUUAAUUUUUUGAUCUCUGCUUAUUUGUUGUAGUUUUUUGUGUUUCAUAAGUUUGAUGUCUUAUUGAUUACAUGGAUUUCAUGUCUAGGCAGUACAUAUUUUUUUUUAAUAGUGGAAUGCACUAAUGUACCAGCACAGCAUCUUUUGGCGUGUCACUAAAAGAAAGUUGGCGUAGGGACCUAUCAGUUUUAUGUAUCUCUGACUAAACUUUAAGCUACAUGUCAGCUUUGAUUUUUAGUACUCUUGAAAUAACAUCUGCAGGAUAACUUCACACCAUAAAACUAACCCUGUGAACUUCAUCAUGCUUCCUGUCCAUGUUUCUCCACUUAAAUUGAAUUAAAUGGUAUAUUUCAAGUAGAGCAAGUCUUUUUUUUUUUCCAAAUUAAUUUGCAAAUUGAAUCUGAAUCCAUAGUAUUGAAAACUAUGAAAAUAGAUAAUAGAUUGAAUAGAAAUACAGGUGUGAUGAUGCUAAUAUUAAAACAGUCCAGCUGGGGGGGGGGGUGGGCGCAGAUGUCCCUGGUCGCCAGACAGAUAGGGGGGCCAAAAUGUGCUUUGAUACUAUUUUAAUGAUGAAAAUAAUGGGUUUGAUAGUUGGGAACAGAAAGGGGGGCUCAUUAAAAUGAAUCUUGCCCCCCCCCCCCCGGGGUUAAAAUUUAAAAAAAAUACACUAAAUAUUAUGAAAUGCUUGUAGCACUUACGAAAGUCUUUUAAAGAAUUAUCUUUAUUUCUAACAAAGUCAUGUACUCCAAAACUUUUAAAAAAAUUUUAUUCACCCUGUUGCAGCUUUUUUUAACAAUAAGGAAAUAUUUUAAAAUUGACAAUAUUUAUAAAAAUUAUUUCAUUUGUUUUUUUAUAUGUGUAUUUCAACAGCUGACAAUGUAUACCACAUAUACAGAAAAAAACACAAAUUACCGUCGUCAUCAUUUUAAUGAAAAAUUUGACUGGGAUUCUGGUGCAAAAUUACGGGUAAAUGAAUUUCACAGUGAAAGUAUUUAUAAAUAAGAUUUACUGAAUGGGAACAAAAAACUGGACAGAACCCCCUAAGAGCUGAAAGCAAUAAGAGGGGUAAACUGUCAAGGUAUGGGAAUCACUGUGUUUAGUGUGAAAUUUUUUGUGUCUGUGAGUUUUGAGUUGAGUUUGUAUUAUGUCUAAAUGCCAAUGGACGAAAGGGAAAUUUAAAAAAAACUAACCAUGAGAGUAUUAGUGAGUUCUCUUAUGGUUUUUUUCUCUCGCUUUGAUGGUGGAUAAGUAUUCUUGAUUGUCGAUUGUAGUGACUGACAGUUGUGAGUUCCAGUGUCUGCCAUUUGGGUUAAUGUAAAAAGGAUUUUUAUCUGUGCGCAGCUUGGUGUUGGAAACAGAGCGUGUAGCUAUCAAAGAAUUGUAGUCUUUCUUUUGUGAGUUGUUGCUGCUCUUGUUGAAAGCAAGUUUUGAUAAAGUUCAACAGUGUUGUAGAUCCUAGGUCAGGGGUCACCAAACUGCGGGCCGGUGAGGCCAGUUCAUCCGGCCCCCCAACGGUACUUGAACUUGCUUGUAAGUAUUGUACAGAAUGAUUAUCCAGCCCGCGCUCAUUAUUUUUUUACGUUAUCCGGCCAGUUCAUCCAGCCCGCCAUGAAAAAGUUUGGUGACCCCUGCCCUAGACAAUGGGAGGCAAAGAAGAAUUUAAGGUGCUGGCCUGAACCCAAGCAGAUACUUUUAUGAUAAACCAAGAGUUAGGUAGUCAGCCCUUGCAUUUGUCAACAGGUAGUUUUGAGACCCAAAUGUGUAAUUUAUGUAGUGUCUCCUCCUGAUUUGAGUAGGUAACAUCUUACCCAAGUACCUGUGCAACCAGGAUAUACCCAGCCUGUACAGACUCAAAAAGAUCCUAGAGUCUUUUCCCAUCUCAUUGAACUGAAAUUUUUAUCAACAAUCAAAGCAAUAUCUGUGGUUUCAAAUAAAUAAUGAGAUUGGAUUACAUUUUGGUGUGAUGUCCCCCCCCCACCCCACUAAUCCAUCCCACUUGUCUCAGCAUGCACUAUAGUUAAUUUGUUAACAUGAUAAUAAUUUCUUUCCAGUAUUUUGCCUAUGCCGCCAGUUACAUCAAACAACCCUGCUGCCAUUAUCACUUGUUCUCUCAGUACCCAAUGCCACAGCGUGUCUUGGGAUUGGCAUAUAUUGGAAGUGCAUGUUAUAGUAAGUGAAGCUAUUUUUUCCUAGUCGUGAAUGAAAACAUACUUCCCUGUUAUGGUAAUAUGGAAACAUAUAGAUGAAACAGUAGAUUCAAUCUUUGAUUUCGCAUACAAGAUAUUUAUAAUAAAUAUCUUUAACUUUAAGGAGGUAAUUUUUUGUUUAAAAUGAUGUCAUGAAGUGGGGGGGGUCAGUUAUUGACUAACAUAAAAUAGUUUUGACAAGAGCCCCUUCAUACAUCUGUGCUAAUGAAUCAGCCUUGACCAUGUUAGAAGGGGACAGUAAUUGAUCAAUGUCCACUAAUAUAUCUGUCUGUGGUAUUGAACCAUUUCUUGGCAAAGUUAGUGGGAGGACAGUAAUCCCCCGAUUUGACUCCUUACGAGCCUGCAUUGAUACAUCUAUGCCACUAAAUCAUUCCUUUCUCAGGAGCUAUGGAAGGAUCUGAACUGUGGGCUACUGGUACAACAUCAGGUUAUGACUGGAAGAGUGGACCUAUGCCAAGCCUUCAAAUGAACCUAGUCUUUGUCCACGGUAAAUAUUGAUCUAACUAGCACCACAUUAGUGAGUCGACUCCAGUGUGUCGGUGUGUUGUAGUGUGAUGACUGCUGUAUGUAGGUGUGUCGACUGAAGUGUGUAGGUGAGGUAUGAUGCGUGAACAUAAAGGGAGAAUUUUAAGUCCACGUAAAAUAAGUUAUACCACUUUGCAUAUAGUUUUUUUUAGAAAAACUGCAUCAUUGUGUGGGGCAAUGGUGCAAGUCUAAAAAGUGUUGAAAAUUGUGAAUUUAAGCUUUACUGAAGAAUUUUAUCUCAAAAUAUUGACUUUCAAGAAUGAAUUGAGUGUUUGUGCUUUUUUUUUCCUUAUCCAACUAAAUCCAUCAAUAUUUCCUUUAAUUUCAUUUUAAAACAGGUUUUUUUUUACAUUUCAGAACUAGGUGCGUUUGAAAAGAUGCGUAUGACUUCUUUAUAAUUGUUGUAUUAUUCCUGCUUGCAUUUUUUAUUUACAGUUUUUUUGUUGAUGUUGCAC